AUGAGAACAGGGAUGGUUGGGGGUCAGUUCUGGAGUGUUUAUGUGCAUUGUGAUGUUCACCAGCAGCACUUUGAAGAUCCAUCUUGGAUCGUAAGAGAUACUCUAGAGCAAAUCGAUGUCACUAGGAGGUUCAUCGACGAGCACCCCCAGGAUCUCCAGUAUUGUGAUACGGCGGCCUGCGCCCGUAAAGCUUUCAAGUUAGGCCGUAUAUCUAGUAUGAUCGGCAUUGAAGGCGGUCACCAGGUUGGGGGUAGUAUUGCAAGCAUACGGCAGAUGUACAAUCUUGGAGCGCGCUACAUCACCCUCACUCAUAACUGCGACAAUUCUUUCGCGACUUCGGCUUCUACUGUAGCCGCUGGAGGACCCGACGAUGGGCUUUCAAAAUUAGGGUAUGAGGCUAUCAAGGAGAUGAAUCGGCUAGGCAUGAUAGUAGAUCUAUCGCAUGUGUCGCAUCAGACGAUGAGAGAUGUGCUGAGUGUAGCACGAGCACCGGUCAUCUUUUCGCAUUCAGGGGCUUACAGUGUAACUCCACAUCUUCGGAACGUACCCGACGACGUUCUCCGAACGGUAAAGCGCAACGGAGGCAUUGUCAUGGCCGUAUUCGUCAAUCGUUUCCUGAAGAUGAAAGACCCAGACCAGGCGACUAUUCACGAUGUUGUAGAUCACAUAUUUCACAUUGCGGAGGUAUGCGGCUGGGACUGCGUCGGGGUGGGUAGCGAUUUUUCGGGAACCCCUUAUGUACCCAUCGGCCUCGAAGAUGUCUCAAAGUUCCCCGAUCUCGUUCAAAUUCUAAUGGAACGUGGCGCGACCGAUGAGCAGAUCCGCCUAUUUGCAGGAGAAAAUAUCCUCCGCGUUUGGUCAAGGAUCGAGCAGAGAGCACGCGAGAUACAAGCCACAGGAGAGAAGCCUGUAGAAGAAGAAUAUGAAGGGAGGGAGUGGCAUAAGGGGUUAAAAGACUCGCCUUGGAUGUUGAGAGGGAGUAGACAGAAAGCUAUCGAGGCUGGCGCCGCGGAUAAGCCGUACAUGUUUAACGUAGAUGGAGAGGGGAAGCAUAAUCCAGCACAUCCUGAUGUAAUACCCGCAGAAACAUACCGAAGAUGGUCCUUCAAGUACGGCCCUGUCUUCCAGAUCCAACUUGGCAAUACGACCGCAGUUGUUAUCAACUCCACGCGGGCAGCUAAGCAAUUGUUCCUCGGGCAGAGCCAUGCGAUGAACUCGCGGCCGACGUUUUAUGUGUUCCACAAGAAAGUUAGUAAGGCCGUGACGAGCAUUGGGACCAGUCCCUGGGACGAGAGUUGUAAGCGGAGGAGAAAACUAGCUGCGGGCGCGCUGAACAGGACGCGCGUGGAUACAUACGGGCCGCUCCUAAACUUAGAGGCGCGCGAGUUCCUCAAGGACCUGUAUUCAGCAUGUCGGGAUGGUACUGUUGAGAUCGAUUUCCGGCCCGCCGUGAAGCGCUUCUCGCUAAACUUGAGCCUGACACUGAACUACGGGACCCGUGUGUCGAGCGUCAAAUCUCUGACUGACGACCCGCUCCUGUCUGAGAUCAUCUACGUCGAAGGCGAGAUCUCCAAGUUCCGCGACACUGGCAAGAACUACGCCAACUACAUCCCCCUGCUGCGGUAUUGGGAGCCCCUGGCGCAGUUUUUAGGGCUUAAUGCACAGCCAAAAAACCACGCGGCGGAUAUUGGACGUCGCCGAUUAGAGUAUAAUGAUAUCCUUUUGGAAAAGCUGAAGGAUGAAGUUCAAAAGGGUGAAGAUAAGCCGUGCAUUCAGGGGGCCGUGCUCAGGGAUUCAGAAUCUGCGACAUUGACGAGAGAAGAGCUGAUUAGCGUUAGCUUAAGCAUGAUGGCGGGAGCUGACUCGAACCAACCUACCCUUUCAUGGGCCUGCUUGCUUCUCGCUCACCGACCAGAUAUACAAGAAAAGGCUUAUUCCGCAAUCAGAGAUGCAGGGGUCCUCAGCUUACCAUCAAGCGCAUAUGCUUCUACGAAAGUCGAGUACAUCGACGCCUUAACGAAGGAAAUCUCACGAUACUUCGUGGUACUAAAGCUAGCACUCCCCAAGGCUACUUACACCGAUGUGACUUGGGAGGGUGCCACGAUCCCGGCGAAUACAAUGGUAUUCCUAAACUCCUGGGCUUGUAAUCGAGAUCCGGAACUCUUCACUGAGCCAGAAACGUUUAUCCCCGAGCGCUGGCUGCAAAAUUCUUCUAAUGUACACGCCCACCAAUUCGCGUUUGGAAUCGGUGGACGGAUGUGCGUCGCAUCGCAUCUAGCUCAUAAUGCUUUAUAUACGGUGUUCUUGCACCUGAUUGCGCAUUUCCGUAUCCUACCAGCUGAAGGAGAAACGAUAGAGGCAAUUGAUCCGGUAAAGGGGUUAAAAGGCAUGGCCUUUGUAGGCACCCCGCGCGGGUGGCGCGCUAGAUUUAUCCCGAAGGGAGGAGAAAAGCUUGCAGCUUGGUUAGAAAGCCCCGAUGGUUCAUGA